ACCCCAACAUUUGCACGCUGGUAGUGGAGUCACACCGAAGCAACGUGGAUACGGUCAUAUUAACUAAAUUCUGUUAAAACGAUCUAUACCAUAAUUCCAUUAUCAGAUGGUUCGACGCACAUUUACUUGAGAAUUCCUCGUAACGACCCAGAAAUAAGAUGGGGAAGGCACCAAAAAAGAGGAGCCUUGCAGACAAAGUCCGCAAAACCAAGACAAAAAUCGAGAUCAAGAACAACCCUUUUGAGGUGAAAAUCAACAGGAAGAAAUUUGAGGUUCUGGGACGGAAAUCCAAACAUGACGUGGGUCUGCCUGGCGUGUCUCGGUCCAAGGCCAUCAACAAGAGAAAGGAGACGCUGCUGAAGGAAUAUAAACAGAAAAACAAGUCCAGCAAAUUCAUUGACAGACGUCUGGGGGAAUAUGAUGCGAAAAUGGCACCAGAGGACAAAAUCCUGCAGAGGUUUGCAAUGGAGAGACAGCGCGUCCAUGAAAAGAAGGAUGUGUACAACCUGAAUGAGGAAGAGGAGCUGACUCACUACGGCCAGUCUCUGGCUGAAAUCGAGAAAUUCAACGAUUUGGUGAAUAGUGACGAUGAAUCAGAGGAGAAAGGUCUUUUGUCUGCGGAGUUGACGGCCUCACACUUUGGAGGAGGGGGUGGGCUCCUAAGGAAAAAGGGGUCGGGGGAGCAACAGGACGAGGACUCGGGCCAGAAAGCAAAGACCCGACAGGAGCUCAUUGAAGAACUCAUACACAAGUCCAAGCAGGAGAAGCGUGACCGUCAGGUGCAGAAGGAGGAGGCCCAGGAGCUGACGGAGAAGCUGGACCAAGAGUGGAAGAGUAUCAUGUCUCUUGUGGUGAAGAAGACGCCGAAAGCUGAGCGAGAGGACAAAGCGGAGGAAAAACCAAAGCUGGAGGAGUACGACAUGAUGGUGAGGGAACUGGGCUUCGAGAUGAAAGCACAGCCUUCGGAGAAAAUGAAGACUCCAGAAGAAGUCGCCCGUGAGGAGAAGGAGAAGCUGCAGAAAUUGGAGGCGGAUCGACUGAGGAGGAUGAUGGGAGAUGAAGGUGUGCAGGUCACACAGACUCAGAAUCACAUGUCUGCAGACGACCUGAACGACGGAUUCAUCCUAGACAAACACGACAAGAAGACGCUGUCCUAUCAGGAUGGAAAAUGGAACUUGGGUGAGGAGGAAGAGGAAGAUGGGGAGGAAGAUGAUGGAGAGGAGGAGGAGGAAGAAGAGGGAGAUGAUGAAGACGAGGAGGAGGAGGAUGUAGAAGAAGAAGACGAUGGGGAGGAGAAGGAAGGAGAGGAAGAAGACCAAGAGGAAGAUGAUGAUGAUGAUGAAGAAGAAGAAGAGGAAGAGGGCAGCGUUGAAGGCGUCGAUGGUCACUCAGACCUGGAGUCUGAUCAUGACAGUGAGGCAGAGGAAGAUGCUGUAGCGAAAAGCAGGAGCAAAGAAGAAAUCAAAGUCCAGCAGGAGGCGGCCAAGUCCGAGCUGCCAUACACAUUUACAGUUCCUGAAAGCUUUGACGACCUGAAGAACCUUCUACUGGGCCACACUCCGGACAACCAGCGCCUCAUACUGGCCAGGACACUGAAGUCCAACCACCCCAGUUUGGCUGUGGGCAACAAGGUUAAGCUGCAGAAAAUGUUUGGCUCCAUCCUGGAGUACAUUGGAGAACUGGCCACCACAAGUCCACCAGAGCUGGUCACCAUAGACAAGCUGAUCCCAGAAGUCUACAAUCUCUGCCAGAUGUUUCCAGAAGCCGCCUGUAAAUCCCUGCAGAGCAUCAUCAGAGAUGCCGGUCACAGCAUGGAGGAGGUGCUGGAGGUCAAAGGGCAGGCUGCUUUCCCCACACUAGACAUGCUCAUCUACCUGAAGCUGACGGCGCUGCUGUUUCCCACUUCAGACUUCAGACAUCCCAUCACCACGCCUGCGCUGCUCUUCAUCGGACAGUCGCUCACCAAGUGUCCCGUGAGGUCACUUCAGGACGUGACGUCAGGGUUGCUCCUGUGCUGCCUGGCGGUGGAGUAUGUCUCCCUCUCCAAACGCUUCCUGCCUGAGCUUGUUAACUUCCUCCUUGGGACGCUGAACUUGGCAGUGAAGAAUAAGACGAGUCUGGGUUACUCCACAGUGCCCCCCUUCAGGACCACGGGGAAACACAGCGAUCUCCUGGUGCUGUCUGACUCCCAGUCCAGUCAGCACUGGGUCAAGAAAGGCCUGCCGCUGUCUGCCACCAAACACCUGCAGCUGGAAACAGACCUGGAGAGAGACCACUACAGGCUGUCAUGUGUCUCCACGUGUCUGGACCUGGUGAAGAGUUGCUGCAUGCUCUACAAAGACCUCCCCUCCUUCACCGACAUCCUCCGGCCAAUCACAGCGCUGCUGUCAAAGCAUCUACCCGCCCAAACUUUACCAGACUCUCUGAAGGAGCUGCACUCUGAGAUCCUGGCGGUGAUCAGCAGCGCUCCGGUCACUCACCGCCGACUGGUGUUUGAUAAGAAGAAACCCGUUCCUCUGAAACUGCUCACGCCGAAAAUCGUAGAAGUCCUCGACUACGGGAAGAAGCGCGGCUGCACCCGGGAGGAACGUGAGAAGGAGCGGCUGAAGCACAAGUACAAGAAGGAGUUCAAGGGAGCCUUGAGGGAGAUCCGGAAGGACUCGCGCUUCCUGGCCCGGGAGAAGCUGAGCGAAGUCAUGAGCAGAGAUGCGGAGAGGAAGCGGAAGGUGAAGGAGCUCUUCGGCAGUUUGGCCACACAAGAGGGAGAGUGGAAAGCACUGAAGAGGAAGAAGAGGAAGUGAGGAGGCUCCAAAUAGCCCUUUUGAAUUUUGACUCUCCUGUCAUGACGUUUUUAUACUGUGCAUUAACUGCAGUGUUCUCACAUCAUCCAAUAAAACCUCUUCUUCUUCUACAA